ACUGAGUGGUACAUUAAGUGUUGUGUGCCUGUCUUCAAAUACACUCAGUGACCACAUGCUUCCUCUACCUAAUCAAGACCAUCCACAGAACUGCUGCUCAGUAGAUAGAGUCAUAGAAAAGUACAGCACAGAAACAGGCUCUUUGGCCCUUCUGGUUCACCCAACCAUUUAAGCUGCCUAGUGCCAUUGACUUGCUCCAGGACCUUUGCUCUCCAAACCUCUCCCAUCCAUGUACCUCUCCAAACUUCUCUUAAGUGUUGAAAUUGAGCUCACAUCCACCACUUGUGCUGGUAGUUUGUUCCACAUUUCCAUGAUCCUCAGAGUGAAGAAAUUUCCCUUCAUAUUUCCCUUAAACAUUGUACCUUUCACCCUUAACCCAUGACCUCCAGUUGUAGUCCCAAUAAACUUUUUGUUUUUUGCACUAUUCUCUGUAAACUCUAGAGAUCAUUGUGCAUGAAAAUCAAAGAAGAUCAGUUUCUGAGAUACUCAAACCACCCCUUCUGCCACCAUCAUUCCAAGCACUAACCACAGUCACCACUUACUCUUGUCCAACUGUACCAGGAUAUGUGGAUCCUGGAUUGGUCCCCACAGCUACCCGAGGACCCACCAGUAGACAACUCCUUAGGAGAGCAUCAUAUUCAACUUGACUGUCUGUUCUGCUAUGUUGGAACUAGAAUGUGUGGUGACAUUUUCCCCUAGUGCUUCCUUGGGUGUGUUAGUUGUUCUCGCAAACAGCACACUUCUUCACUAUAUGUUUUGGUUGCACAUAAUGAAUAGGUAAAUCUAAAUCUGAAUUCAAAAAUGUUUGAUCAAUAGCCCACAUUUGAAUUGAAUUCCUUCAUGUUUGUUUUGUUUUUUUUAUUGACUGACACAGCAAGGUUGUAGAGUGCACAGCAGAUAAUAUUUCUGUACCAGAAUCUGAAUUCCUUCAUGUGUUUCUGUACAGUUCCUUCAUCUUCUGCAGUCUCCGCUGUUGUUGCCUCAGUAAUUGUAGCCGUGGUAGAGGGACGUGGGCUUGCCCGUGGUGAAAUAGGAAUGGCCAGCAUUGACCUAAAGAGUCCAGAACUAAUAUUAUCCCAGUUUUCAGACAACUCCACAUAUGCUAAGGUCAUUACCAAACUGCAGAUUUUAUCUCCUCUUGAAAUUAUAAUGCCAAAUACUACUUGUGAUAAAGGAAGUGGGACUAAACUCUUCACUCUCGUCACAGAGAACUUCAAAAAUGUCGUUCUCAGUACUGUUCAGAGGAAGUACUUUAACGAAACAAAAGGGUUGGAGUACAUUGAACAGCUCUGCACGCCUGAAUUCAGCACUGUGCUCAUGGAAGUUCAGAUGAAAUACUACAGUCUGGCAGCAGCUGCAGCCUUGCUGAAGUAUGUUGAGUUCAUACAGAAUACGGUUUAUGCUCCAAAAUCCCUGAAAGUUGUCUUCAAGGGGAGUGAACAAACUGCAAUGAUCGAUUCGGCCUCUGCUCAGCAUCUUGAACUGACCAUUAACAACAGGGAUCCCAGAAAUAAUCACACGCUUUUUGGAGUCCUGAAUUACACAAAGACAGCUGGAGGGAGUCGCAGGCUUCGCUCAAAUAUAUUGGAGCCUCUUGUUGAUGUGGAGACUAUUAACACGAGAUUGGACUGUGUCCAAGAAUUACUGGAGGAUGAGGACCUCUUCUUCAGCCUUCAAUCAGUGAUUUCACGGUUCUUGGACACUGAUCAGCUCCUGUCUGUCUUGGUGCAAAUUCCAAAACAAGACACAAUACAGGCAGCUGGAUCAAAGAUUACAAACUUAAUUUACCUGAAACAUACAUUGGAAUUGGUGGAACCACUUCAGGAAAUUCUGAAAAACUGCAAGACCCCACUACUAAAGGCUUAUUGCAGUUCACUUGGAGACAGCAGAUUCAACCUUAUUCUGGAGGAAAUCAAGACCGUUAUUAAUGAUGAUACAAGAUACAUUAAAGGAUGCUUGAAUAUGAGAACGCAGAAAUGCUAUGCUGUCAGGCCAAACAUCAACGAGUUCCUUGACAUUGCUCGGCGCACUUAUGCAGAGAUUGUUGAUGAUAUAGCAGGAAUGAUAGUGCAGCUGGGAGAGAAAUACAACCUGCCUCUGAAGACCAGCUUCAGUACUACUCGAGGAUUCUUUAUUCAGCUGAAUUGUGAGGGAAGUUCAUUCCCAAGUGGACAGCUCCCUUCUGAGUUCAUCAAGGUCACAGUUCUGAAGAAUACCUACAACUUCACCACUGCCGACCUAAUUAAAAUGAAUGAACGGUGCCAAGAAUCUUUGAGGGAGAUUUACCACAUGACUUAUUUGGUGGUUUGCAAACUCCUGGCCAAAAUCUACAAACACAUCCAUUGCCUGUAUAAGCUGUCUGAUGCAGUCUCUAUGUUGGACAUGUUACUAUCUUUUGCACAUGUCUGCACACUUUCUGAUUAUGUUCGUCCAGAGUUCACUGACACUAUGGCUAUAAAGCAAGGACGUCAUCCGAUUCUUGAAAAGAUAUCAAUGGAGAAACCUGUUGCAAAUAACACCUACAUCUCUGAAGAAAACAACUUCAUCAUCAUCACAGGGCCAAACAUGAGCGGAAAAUCUACCUACCUAAAACAGAUUGCUCUUUGCCAGAUUAUCGCCCAGAUUGGUUCCUUUGUUCCUGCUGAAUACGCUUCAUUCCGAAUAGCUGACCAGAUCUUUACCAGGAUAGGUGUAGAUGAUGACAUUGAAACCAACUCAUCAACUUUCAUGAAAGAGAUGAAAGAGAUAACAUACAUAAUGCACAAUGUUACCAAUAAAUCUUUGAUAAUCAUUGAUGAAUUGGGAAGAGGAACCAGUACAGAGGAAGGAAUUGGUAUUUGUCAUGCAGUCUGUGAAUUUCUGCUCAAUUUCAAGGCCUUCACACUGUUUGCCACUCACUUCCUGGAGAUCUGUCAACUGGAUGCCCUGUAUCCAAAUGUGGAAAACAACCAUUUUGAGGUUCAGCACAACCGAAGCAGCACGGGAAACCACAAUAAAAUCAUUUACACAUAUGUCCUUGCUAAAGGCUGCACUGAAGAAAAAAACUAUGGUUUAAAAGCUGCUGAGGUUUCAUCUCUUCCUCUGUCAAUUGUUCUUGAUGCCAAGGAUAUUGCAUCCCACAUCACCAAGCAAAUAUGGCGGAAACAGAGAAACACUGCUGAGUCUCUAGAACAGAGAGCUAUGCACCAUCUGGCUACUAGACUUAUACAGGCUGCAAGAAACUCCUGCUUGGACCCAGAUCACUUGCGGAUGUAUCUAAUAGGCCUCAAGAAAAGGCAUGAGGCAGAGUGUCUUACUGCCAGACAGUCUCCACAAGCCAAUAGUUCCCACUGAAUACCAUUUUACACCCACUAUUACUAACCUGAUAUUUGAACUAAUUAAUAAAAAUAUUGAUACCAUUUUGUCCACAAAAUAAAGGUUUUAUUAUGAUAAUCUUCCAGCAACCUGUAGUAAGGAAUAUCUUGGUAAUGUUCAUGAGUUGGACCAUUAUUGUGCUUGUCUUCAUGCAAACAGUAACUUACUCUCAGCUUCCCUGUGUUUCACGAACUGUUGUAUUUGCAUAUUAAGCAUCAGUUGCAAAUUUUACAAAAGCUAAGUCUGGAGCUUAACAGCAUAAUUUUAAAGCUACCUUGUAGUUCUGCAAUUUUCAGUAUCGAUGGAAAACUGUGAACUCAUGUAAAAAUGUUUAAAAAAGCUUUCUGCUAUUUUUCCUCAGUUCACUUUGUUUUCUGUCCUCUUUCUCCCUCAGACCUCAACUUAACUGUCACUUUAUUUUCUUUUCAACCCUCCCUCAGAUCUCAUUGAAGAGAGAAACUUUAGUCCUUUCAUUCAGUAACAUCCACCAUGCCCUAAUGCGC